AUGAUGAUAGCGGGCAAACGGGACAUUCUGAAGACCCAGUUUCUUCAACGUAAGGUUUGGGCGGUUGGUCUGCAGGAAACCAGACUUCCCACCACGGAAGCCAUGCCAGAUCGCCACUUCUUGAUGUUCAAUUCUGCGGCCACUCAGGAAGGGGCCUAUGGCUGUUCCCUUUGGUUGAACCAACAGGUCCCUUACGCCCGCGUGGCGGAGGUGGAUCUGUACAUAGAGCGCCGUCAUGUGACCGUUGUAGGACAGUCAGCCCGACACUUGCUGGUUCAAAUUGAGGCUCCCAGGCUCAACCUCACUCUUUUGGUCGCACAUGGCCCGCGUUCCACAGCCAAAGACCCAACAGCACCUGAGAGCUACUGGACAGAGAGGCUCUUGGAGGUUUCCAGGCGUCCACAAGGGUCUGAUCUGGUUGUUUUGACGGACUCCAAUGCGCACCUUGGAUCUGUCGUCACGGAAGCCGUUGGACCGCUGGACCCCGAAGAUGAGAACACUGUUGGAGAGGCUUUCCACUCGUUCCUCCUUCAGGUUGGGUGUUUCUUGCCUGCGACUUUCGGGCCGCACCACUCCGGCCCCUCACACACCUGGGUUGGGCCCGGGCCUCAACACGUUAGAUACCGUCUAGAUUUUGUGGCGGUUCCCCAGAGUUGGGCCUCGUUUGACUUGGCCUCGCAGGUUUGGGAUUCGUUUGAGGCCAUGCAGGCAAGACAGAACCACUUUCCAGUGACGAUGCGGGCAAGGUUCUGUCGUCUACAGCCUGCUGCUUCAUAUCAGGCCAGCAGGCGCCAGGCCUGUCGGCCCCCUGUGCAACCAGCCAAGGCCGAGCAACAGCGCUUCGUCCACGCUUUGCAGCAUUCUCCCCCGCUAACUUGGCAGCUGCCGAUUGAUCAUCACUUUGAUGGAGUCGCGGAUGCUCUGUUGGCAGCCGGUGGCCAACACCAACUGAGGCCGGUGGAGGCUCCGCAAAAGGCUUACCUUACCCCCUCCACUCUGCAAGUGGUGCAGCAUAGGCGAGCUGUGCGAGCUUACCUGCGUCAGGAGGAGGCUGAGCUUUCCCGCAGACGCCUCCUUCUUGGGUUUGCGGCAUUCGUGCUGGCCAGGGACGGCCGUGCGUUCCACCCUGUGGCUCUCCAACAAGCCGGUCGAUGGCUUUGGGAGAUGGAUGUCAGCAUUGCCCGUGCCCUAGACAUGCUUUCCUGGCUCACGGUCUCUAUCCGUACAGCAGUCCGCCGAGAUCGCAAUAAGUACCUCGAGAGGUUGGUGGCACAGAUCUCUCUCUCGGACCUACGACAGCCUCGAGAGUUAUAUGCCGCGGUUCGCAAAGCCUUUCCGGCGGCCCGGUCCUCGCGGCGCUCUGCAUACCAGCCUCUUCCUGCAGUCCUUUUGGCCGAUGGUCAGUUGGCUGCUGACCGAGCCAGCAGGGAGGAGAGGUGGACCUCCUAUUUCGCAGAACAGGAAGCGGGUCGGCCAAUUCGCCUAGCUGACGAUGCGAAAGAGUUUUGUGCCUCGGACUUUGACCCCAGCUUGGGGGGCCCACAUUUUGAUGUGGAGGCUCUGCCCAGUUUGUUGGAGGUGGAGCAACAAGUCCUCUCUUUGCCUUACCGCAAGGCCGCAGGCCCGGAUGGCAUAACAGGUGAGCUGCUGAGGUACAGUCCCGCAUUUGUCUCUCAGUGGCUCUUUCCUCUGUAUCUGAAGUCAGCCAUGGCUCUCCAAGAGCCCACCAUGUGGCGAGGUGGGCACCUUAUGUGCCUUGCCAAGAGAGCGACUGGCCUAUUUGAUUGUUCCUCCUUCAGGUCGAUUCUUUUGGCCAGUGUCCCAGGCAAGGUGUUCCACCGCAUCAUGCGCAACAAACUGGCGCCCAGCCUUGCCCGGUUCAAGGCAGAUCUCCAGGCAGGUCAGCUUCCAGGUGUUGGGGUGGAGGGUAUAUCCCUCGCUGUCAAGUCAUACUUGGCAUGGGCCAGGAGCUCUGGUUAUGGUACCGCGGCCGUGUUUUUCGAUGUCAAAUCAGCCUUUUAUAUGUUGAUUCGUCAAGCCCUGGUUCCGGUACAUGCCGCAGAACGCAACCUUGUCUCCCUCUUCUCUCAGCUUGGGGUUCCGAGCAGUGCUGUGACGGAGCUUGCGCAGCAUUUACACUCUGCCGCGCAUGUUGUGGAAGCGGGCGCGACGGCCCACCUCACUGCGCUCGUGUCGGACAUGAUGCGCGGGACCUGGUUUAGACUUGACGGAGCGGCUGCUCUUGUUCUUACGGAGAGAGGCAGCCGCCCCGGGGACCCGCUAGCUGACCUACUGUUUGCCUUCACCUUCUCCGCGUAUGUGCGCAGUGCGGAGACGGCCCUGGAAAGGCGACAGCUCAGUCCUGUUGUACCACAUGUGGAGACGGCCCCACCGUGGGCUGCGUGGGAGCCGUGUGACUGCAUAGGCACAGCAGCCUGGGCGGACGAUUUUGUGCUGCUUCAGGCGUGCCGUGCCCGGCAGGCCUUGAGUGGCCAGGUACGGCAAGCAACCCAGGUCAUGGCUGAACACGCCACGGCCAUGGGGAUGAUUUUGACCUUCGCCAAGGAGAAAACGGCUGUGUUGUUUGAUCAGGACUGUGAACCCACCGGUGUCGUCAAGGACGCCUUUGGAGACGCAUGCCUUGAGGUUCCCAAUAGCAUCCUGGGGGUCACGGAGCUUUUGCCAAUUGUCGAUUCCUAUCGUCAUUUGGGUAGCAUCAUCACAGCCAGCCACACGCCGAUGGUGGACAUUGCAUUUCGCAAGUCUCAGGCGGAGGCUGUCUUCAAGCCAUUGAAGAGCAGGCUUUUCUCCUCAGAGCGCGUGCCCCUGGACAUUCGCCGCACUCUGUUGCGCUCCUUGGUCCUUUCCAGGUUUGUUUUCGCUGGUGCAGUGUUGUUUCUGCAUGCGCACCAGCACCGCAGACAGUGGUGCAGGCACUACGUCAAUCUGUGGGGAGGGCUGACCAGACGCACCUCGGCGGAGCGUUCCCCCCACAGUUAUGAUGUUUUGCAUCGGGCCAAAGCUCCGUCUCCCCUCCUGGCUCUGGCCAUGAUGCGUGCAGUACAGCUUAAGCGUAUGCUGCAACAUGGCCCUGCACAGCUUUUACACAUCCUGCAUGCUCACUGGCGCUUGUGCCCCGGCCGGUCUUGGCUGGGCCAUUUCUGUGACGAUAUGCAGGCGGUGUCCGCCUACUGUCCGGCCGCGGCUACCUUGCUCUCGCAGAGUUGUCCCUUGACUGCGCUGGUAGAGGCUGUUCAAGAUCAGCCCAACUGGUGGGUGCUGCAGGUGCGCAAGGCUUGCAAGAGCUACCAAGCCGACCUAGACAAAUGGGUUCUAGCAAGGCGUCCUUCCGUUGGCAGUGCAGAGGCGCCAGAGGUGCCCCGUCCCUUCCAAUGCCCGGUUUGCACUGCCACGUUCCGCUUGCACAAGCACCAGGCUGUUCAUGAGGCCCGGGCUCAUGGGCUUAUUAGCGUGGCACGCCGCCUUGCGCACACACCGGUGUGCCAGGCCUGUAUGAAGUUCUACCACACGGUGGAACGGCUACAGGGCCAUUUGAAACAUUCUCCCGCCUGUAUGUUGCGUACGGUCCAUGUUUUGCCCCUGCUGACGGCCCAGCAGGUUGCGGACGUUGAGCGUGAAGACAAGGCUUGGAGACGUGCAGUCCACAAGGGCCACUGGAAGCGCUUCACAGCGGCCCGACCUGUUCUGCCAGUCCAGGGACCCCGGCUUCCCCUGUACACAGACAGGUUUCUGGAUUUGCCCGAUGAAGAGGUCACCCUUGACCUCUUUCGCUCCUACCGCCCCUCUCCGGACAGUGUCCGGCUCGUCCUGGAUUUCACGGAGUCUGUCUCGGUUGAAGGUCCACGGGUGUCCGGUCUGGAUUUCUGGAUGAGGAAGGCGGCCUACUUGCAGGACAUGAUGCGCGGAAGAGGCGAGAAGUCCGGCACCAAGGACUUGGCGAAUCUGCCGCAGGACACGAAAGUAGGUAUGCGAUCGAAGAUUCGCCAGCGGAAAGGGGGCUCCAUGAUCUACAACGAGGAGAAGAAAGGGCUCCAAGAGCUCCUCUCGGACGAAACUGGCUCCAGAAGUCCGCGGAAGUCGGACAAGCGGCGGAUUUUUCGAGUGAACACCAUGAACUUCGCAGGGGAGCAGCUGCUGUACGUCGGUGAACGCGUGCGGGAGAAGAAGUACCUCUCUGCAGCCACUUUCCGAGGCUCGGACCUCGCACGCCGGAAGUCCUCCAACGCCGGAAACGACCUCGACGGGGAGGUGGGCCGUGUGGAGGCCAUUCUGGAUCAUUCCCGUGUGGUGGUCUCCUUUCCCUCGAAGGGCGUGAACAUCUACAACAACAGCGACCUCAGCUUAGCAAGGGACGAGGCGAAGGUGGAACUCCAGGCCGGUGACGUCUUUGGCGAGGUGUCCCUCCUUUACAACACUCGCCAUCUUGCCACCUUCCGUGCCGGAGCCGAACAUGAGGUGCUGCUGUAUGCCAUCAACCGCUCCGAUUUCAAGGAGUGCCUUUUCAGGCAAGCCGAAAGGGCGGAGGCUGAGAAGUACGGGGCGCUGUUGGCCGAGGUCCGCGUUCUCAGUUCCCUGCUGGAUUCUGAAAGGAAGGAUCUCGCAAGGAAUGCGACGCGCGAAGUGACCUUCAAGGCAGGCCACUGCAUUCUCACCGAAGGCAAAGUUCGCAAGACGCCGCAGUGGUACAUCGUCGCGAGCGGCAGCGCGCGCGUCUCCAAAGGUGGGAAGUUCCUCCGCGAACUCCGGCGGGGGGACCACUUCGGUGAGCGCUCCCUGUGGCGCGGGGAGGAGUGCAACGUCGUCACUGUGAACGCAGGUGCUGCUGGCCUGACAUGCCUGUGCAUCGACAUCGAGGUCCUGAAGAGUCUUGGUUUGGAUGCCUUUGCCGGGCUCGAGUGCAUGGAGCAGGACGUCUGCACCCUGAAGCCCACGGGAUGGCAGGAGCGAUAUGCUGUAGACCCUUCGGCGCUCAAGUGCGUCAAAGUCUUGGGACAGGGCUCCUUCGGCAAGGUCAUCUUGCAGCAAGAUCCUGCAACUGGCAAGAAAUAUGCGCUGAAGCAGAUCUCCAAACGAGGCAUCCGCUUGAACGGAGUGGAGCUGCAUAUCCGGAAUGAGCGAAACUUGCACGCUAUGGCGAACAGCCCGUUCAUCGUGCACCUGCAUGCCUCCUACCGGGACGAGCUCUUCGUGUACAUGCUCAUCGAGUGUGCCGAGGGAGGCUCUUUGGAAGAUGUGAUCGGCCAUCGGAGGGCCAACCCCGCCGCCAACAUGGAGCGGUGGUCCGAGGAGCUCUCCUUCUACGCCGCCUGCAUCGUCGAGGGCCUGGGCCACUUGCACGAGCGGAAGAUCGCCCACCGAGAUCUGAAGCCUGGCAACGUGCUCUUGGACGGGAGGGGCUAUGCCAAGAUUUGCGAUCUGGGCUUUGCACGGUUCGUGCUCCGGAAGACUUACACCUUCCUGGGGACUCCUGAGACCCUCCUACCAAUGCUGAGCCCUCGCAGUCACCUCCAGUACCAACCAACGCGGCGACUCCGAGUACCACUGUGGAUGUACCAGACCAUAAUGGUCCGCAGUCAUCGUCGCCUGUGGCUGGGAUUACACAACGUUGGGGUGUCCAACGACCAGGGGUGGAUCGGUGGCAUCACCCUAAUGGCUCAGUGCGCUGCCGCCUUCGCGAACGAGGAGGGGAAAUCAACCAGUCACCUACCGCACCUCCCGCGUCUUCGUUCAGCAUUGAGGGUGUUGUCCAACAUCCUGAAGGCCCCGCUCUUAAAGCUCGCACCUUUUAUGGUGAUCCUUUCGAGGUAUGGGCUUCUGCAACCUCUUCGUUGCCGAUGGAUAACACCAGUACCACAGCUGGUGAUGGUAGUCUUGGAGAUUCCGAAGAGGGCUGGUCGUCCUCCUCUGGAUCGGCGAGCUCAUCCGAUGUUGGAUUCUAUCGUCAUGGUGUAUGGCAACCCAGACCCCGCACCGCAGCAGAGCUGCGCGCUCACCAAGGUGGUGGAGGCUCGGUUCGAGCUGAACGUAAAGCAGCCCGCAUGGCUGAUUAUAUGGCAGGCACAUGGAAACCGGCUUGGUUGA